GCCACCCGCACCACCUCCAUGGUCGCCCGCCGAGGCUUCCACACCACCCGCCCUCGCAUGUCCUCUCCCUACCACUACCCCGAGGGCCCCUACUCCAACCUGCCCUUCAACCCUCGCAGCAAGUACUUCGGCGCCGGCUACUGGACCUUCAUGACCGUUGGCUUCUUUGCUCCCUUCGGCAUUGCUGUCUACCAGACCUACAAGACUCAGUAAAUUGCUGGAUCGAUUCGAAAUAUCGUUGUGGGUUGGAUGCUAGGCGUCGUGCUGUACGGGUAGCGAGUUGUUGGAAUGGAGUAAAUAGCUCGAAUAGACGUGAGGCCAAUUGCAGUCACAUAUGUAAAAUAUCUUUUGUGCCAAAUCUACUUUGCGACCAGACCUCUCUUGGG